AUUUUCAUCCAAUAAUAGCAAGGGCAAAAAUGGAGAGAUAUGAACUGGUUAAAGAAAUUGGGUCUGGCAAUUUUGGGGUAGCCAAGCUUGUUAGGGACAAGGGAACCAAAGAGCUGUUUGCAGUCAAGUUUAUUGAAAGAGGCAAAAAGAUUGAUGAACAUGUACAGAGGGAGAUUAUGAAUCACAGAUCUUUGAAGCAUCCAAAUAUCAUCAGAUUCAAAGAGGUCUUGCUAACACCGACUCAUCUAGCAAUAGUUAUGGAGUAUGCUGCUGGUGGGGAGCUUUUCGAGAGGAUAUGCAAUGCGGGUAAAUUCAGUGAGAAUGAGGCGAGAUUUUUCUUUCAACAACUUAUAUCGGGAGUUAGCUACUGUCAUACGAUGGAAGUUUGUCACAGAGAUCUUAAGCUCGAAAACACACUGCUAGAUGGAAACACAGCUCCUCGUGUUAAAAUAUGUGAUUUUGGGUAUUCGAAGUCGGCGGUUCUGCAUUCUCAACCGAAGUCAGCAGUGGGGACACCUGCUUACAUCGCACCCGAAGUUCUAUCAAGAAAAGAAUAUGAUGGAAAGCUUGCAGAUGUUUGGUCAUGUGGGGUUACGCUGUACGUGAUGCUCGUCGGGCUAUAUCCUUUUGGAGAUCCGGAUGAUCCAAAGAACUUUCGAACAACUGUUUGUCGGAUACUUAGUGUCCAAUAUGCGAUUCCAGAUACUGUAGAAAUUUCAUUGGAAUGCAGACAUCUUCUGUAUCGGAUAUUCGUUGCAAAUCCCGAGAAGAGAAUAACCAUUCCAGAAAUUCAAAUGCACCCAUGGUUCUUAAAGAACUUGCCUACGGAUUUAAUGGUCGAAGGAAGCUCUCAGGACACGAAUUCAAACGACACGUAUCAAACCGUUGAUGAAAUAUUGUCAAUAAUACAAGAGGCAAGAAUACAUCCCGGGAUGCUCAAUGAUGGAUCGGCACAACUUCUUGGCGAUAGCAUGGACUUUGAUGAUUUGGAUGAGUCAGAUAUCGAAGAUAUAGACAUAAGUGACGAUUAUGUUUGCUCGUUGUGAAAGAACAACAAAACGACGUGUUUUAUUGGUCAACGGCUACUUCGCUCAUCAUCGGAGAUAACUUGUGAGUUCUUUUAUGAAUGGUUAUCGAAAUUUUAGUUUUUUUGUUCUGUAAUAAGAUCUUGUUAGUCGUCCUUCGUAUAUGUUGUGGUAUAUAAACCAACCCAAACCAAAUAAACCCAAUAUAUCUCACUCGAAGGUGGGGUCUGAGCGGUAAUGAUGUAUGCAGACCUGACCUCUGCCCAAAAAGUGAACAUAUGUUUUUAUAGUAUAUUGAAUUAAAUAAUAUAGCAUAUACAACGUAUUCUCCUCUA